GAUGACAGUAGCUGGCACAAAAAAAUGUAUAUGUGUUAUUAUUAAGAGUUGCCACUCUCUACAACUCCCUGAAAGGAGGUUGUAGGCAGGUGGGGGUCAGUCUCUUCUCCCAGGUAACUAGUGACAGGAUGGCACAGACUUAAGCCAUGACAGAGGAGGUGUAGCUUGGACAUUGGGAGGAAUUUCCUCAGAAAAAGGAUGAUUAGACAUUAGAAUGGGCUGCUCAGGGAGCUAGUGGAGUCACUGUCCCUGGAUGUGUUUAAGGAAAGACUGGACAUGGUCUGGUUGACCAUGGCACUGGUGUUCUUUCACAGGUCCAUAGUUUGUGGUGGUGUUGGGCCAUGGGUUGGACUCAACGAUCUCAGAGGUCUUUUACAACCUAGUCGAUUCUGUGAUUGUUAUUUUUUUUAGUUUAUGAAUUUCCUAAGCAGAAUCACGCUUUGAAAAGCGGUACUGCCACUGUCUUCAUCAUUUAUCCUCAACUUGGGCAGGGGACUCAAUGAAAUUUCAGAAGGGAAACAUGAUGGAUAUGGCCAGCUCAGGAAGUGUACUGGAAUAAGAGAUCUUUCUUUCAAAUGAAAUACUUUUCUUACAAACUUCCUAAAAUGCAGAGUGACACAGAAAUUCUUCUAAAUUGUCCUUUCCCACAGAAAACCAAGGAGCAGUAGAGCCCCAUAAUCAUCUGUUUCAAAACAGGAAUACUUCAGCUCAGUGAAAGUUGCAGAGGUGCCAGAGUGACCCUAGAAAUGGAAAGCUUCUUGGAACACCAAACUACAGCAAGUAUCUUCAGGACAGCUUCCUUAAAAAUAUACCUGAUGAAAUGAUGCAAAAAGUUGUUGGAAAAAAGGUUCAUUUCCAGAAUAGAAAAUGGCUCAUAAAUAAUACUGUUUAGUAUCUUUUAUCAUAUAAGCACAUCAGAGUUGUUCAUCACUCUGCUUACUCUCAGCAAGAACAGCCAACCUCCCUCCAGUUCCAAAACUACAAAUAUGUCUCCUGAAGUCAGUGGAGCAGUAAAAGUGUUGCUGUCUACAGCACAUUAUGAAAUUCCAGAAGUCUAAUUAUGACCUGUUUAUCACUUUUUUUAAAAGGAAUUAUUCUGGAAUAUGUAGAAGGUGGUGAGUCAAAGACCAGACCUAUAGAUCUUCUUGAUCUUAAACCUGACACAGAUGUCACAGCCUUAGUAGAAGAAAUUCAAAAAGGAGAACCUCUCAUCACAGCUACCUGCGUGGAACACGUCAUACUUUUAGUACGAAGAUUGCAGCAGAAGCUGGUGGAAAAAGAGAAUCACAAAUUCUCUCUUUUUAAGGUGCUUAGAACACAUCUAUUGCCACUGACUAAUGUAGCAUUCAACAAAUCUGGUUCCCGCUUUAUCACUGGAAGCUAUGACAGAACCUGCAAACUAUGGGAUACAGCAUCAGGAGAAGAGCUGCAUACACUGGAGGGACACAAAAACGUUGUCUAUGCAAUAGCUUUCAAUAAUCCCUAUGGUGACAAGAUUGCCACUGGAUCUUUUGAUAAAACCUGCAAACUGUGGAGCACGGAAACAGGAAAAUGUUAUCAUACUUUCAGAGGACACAGUGCAGAAAUAGUAUGUUUAUCUUUUAAUCUUCAAAGCACGUUGGUGGCAACUGGAAGUAUGGAUAGCACUGCCAAAUUAUGGGACAUAGAGAAAGGAGAAGAAGUAGCCACUUUAAGAGGGCACUCAGCAGAAAUUAUUGCACUCUCUUUCAACACCAUUGGAGAUAAGAUUAUCACUGGCUCCUUUGACCAUACAGUAGCAGUAUGGGAUGUUGGCACUGGCAGGAGGUUACAUACUUUAAUAGGUCACCGAGGAGAGAUUAGCAGUGCCCAGUUCAACUGGGACUGUUCUCUCAUUGUCACUGGAUCAAUGGACAAAACAUGCAUGCUGUGGAAUGCUGUGACUGGGACACAUCUGGCAACUCUGGCAGGUCACAGGGAUGAGAUCCUGGAUGUGUGCUUUGAUUACACCGGCCAGCGCAUUGCGACUGCCUCUGCCGAUGGAUCAGCAAGAGUCUAUGAUGCACAAACACAAAAGUGCAUUGCAAAGCUAGAAGGUCAUGGAAGUGAAAUUUCCAAGGUAUGUUUCAAUCCUAAAGGCAACUUUAUACUGACAGCCAGUUCUGACAAAACAGCUCGACUCUGGGAUGCUGCUACUGGACACUGCCUUCAGAUAUUAGAGGGUCAUACUGAUGAGAUAUUCUCCUGUGCUUUCAACUACGAAGGGGAUACAAUUAUUACAGGAAGCAAGGAUAACUCCUGUUGCAUAUGGCACUGACUGAAGAGAAGGAAGGAUACCGUUCAGUACCUGACUGCUCUGUAGUUCCAGAGACAAUAAACUCAGCCUUGGAGAUCUGUUUUCUUUUACUCUCUUUGUUCACCUUCUGCUGAAGUAGAACAAUUACCAAGAUUUGAUAGGUUUGACUUAGAAGUCUGUUAGAUAUGGAAUCGUGGAAUCACAGAAGUUUGAAGGGACUGCUGGAGAUCUUCUAGUACAACACCCCUGCCCUACUCAGCGCCCUGUCAACCAAGCAGGCUGCCCAGGACUGACAAGGUGUUGAAAUCUCCAAGGAUGGAGACUCCACAGUUUCUCUAGACAACAGUGGAAUAGUUUCUUGUAUUUCAGUUUGUGCAUGUUUUGCCUUUUCACUGAGCACCAGAAGAGUCUGGUCUGUUAUCUCAGUCACCUGAGAGAAAUCAUGAUUAGUGUGAAUGAAUGCAGUAGGAUGGCUCUGUUUCUUUAGGUGUCAUUUUUAACUUGUAACCUUUUUAAUAAAAAAGAAAUACAGCAUUAUAAUACUCACAGGUGUGAAAGGAGUGUUGGUGUACACUUGCUUAGAGUACUUUUGUAUUAUUUUUUUUGUGUGUGUAAUAAAAUACUGAGUUAAAAUA